UAUUGCUCAGUGUGUAUGAGCAUGUCAACCGCAAGAGGAUACUCCGAUGACAUGUAUGAUAGACCAUCUUCCUUGAAUGACCCAGACACAGCUGUGAGAAUGCAACCGAGUGGGUUUAUAAUGCUCGAGAGGAACAGUAUGAUAUAGCCACAGCUGCGUAUUAUGCGACAAGACAUCCCCCGUAGUGUGUGCAUCAUGCUCGUACAAUUGCCGCGAUGAAGAUACGACUAGUGUUGAAAAGGCGAUGAGGCCAACUAUGUAGCCUAUUCAACGUGAUGUCAGAGUCCUAUACAUUCGGCAUAGCGUCAACGAAGGGCAUAUAACGCGCCGUUUAUCUGGGAAUUGUAAAUGGAUGAGAUUGCGACAUCGGGGGAGGCCGGGGGAAGCAUGCCCACGUCUGGGGCGGAGAGAUCGGACCAGAUAGAUACGGUCGGAUUCUUGCUCAAGCUUUCUUCUGCAGACAUGGACACUGGUCGUAGGGAGUCUACAAUAACUAGUGAGAUGCCGUCCCCCACAGCUCAGGGUCUAGGCCCAGGUCAGGAGAAGAAGAUCGGCCACAGGAGAGUAGAUGCCUCUGGAGAGACCACCUAUAAGAAGACCACCUCCUCUGCCCUGAAAGGUGCCAUCCAGCUGGGCAUCGGCUACACGGUGGGCAACCUGAGCUCCAAGCCAGAGAGAGAUGUCCUCAUGCAGGACUUCUACGUGGUGGAGAGCAUCUUCUUCCCCAGUGAGGGCAGUAACCUGACUCCUGCCCAUCACUACCCAGACUUCAGGUUUAAGACCUACGCCCCCGUGGCCUUCCGCUACUUCCGAGAACUGUUUGGGAUCCGGCCAGAUGACUACCUGUACUCUCUAUGUAACGAGCCCCUGAUCGAGCUGUCCAACCCGGGGGCCAGCGGCUCCAUAUUCUAUGUAACCAGGGACGAUGAGUUCAUCAUCAAAACAGUCAAUGCCAAGGAGGCGGAGUUUCUGCAGAAACUACUUCCUGGAUACUACAUGAAUCUGAAUCAGAACCCGAGGACCCUGCUUCCGAAGUUCUUUGGUCUCUACUGCGUCCAGUGUGGUGGUAAAAACAUCCGUAUCGUGGUCAUGAACAAUGUGUUACCGCGCGCCGUACGCAUGCACCUCAAGUUUGACCUGAAGGGCUCCACGUAUAAACGGCGUGCGUCGAAGAAAGAGAGGGAGAAAUCUAAUCCCACCUUUAAAGAUCUGGACUUUAUAGCAGAUGUACCGGACGGACUGACACUGGAUCAGGAUACAUAUGGUGCUCUGCUUAAGACCCUACAGAGAGAUUGUCUGGUGCUAGAGAGCUUUAAAAUCAUGGAUUACAGUCUGUUGCUGGGGGUCCAUAACCUGGGCCAGGCUGGGAGAGAGUCCCAGGGCUCACCAGCAGGGGGCGAUGAGAAGAAACCUGUGACCCAGAGAGCCCUCUACUCUACUGCCAUGGAGUCUAUACAGGGAGGGAAGACGUGUAGAGACACACUAGACCACGAUGCUACAAUGGGUGGUAUUCCUGCUGUGGAUGGUAAAGGAGAACAACUCCUUCUUUUUAUUGGAAUCAUCGACAUCCUGCAGUCCUACAGGGUCAUCAAGAAACUGGAACACUCAUGGAAGUCUCUGAUUAGUAAUGACGGGGUGAGUCCAGUCCGUAGACUGUAGCACCUUACCUAGGCUUACACAGGCCCGGUGACUAGCACUUUACCCAGGCUUGCACAGGCCCGGUGACUAGCACUUUACCCAGGCUUGCACAGGCCCAGUGACUAGCACUUUACCCAGGCUUGCACAGGCCCAGUGACUAGCACUUUACCCAGGCUUGCACAGGCCCAGUGACUAGCGCCUUACCUAGGCUUGCACAGGCCCAGUGACUAGCACUUUACUUAGGCUUGCACAGGCCCGGUGACUAGCACUUUACCCAGGCUUGCACAGGCCCAGUGACUAGCACCUUACCUAGGCUUGCACAGGCCCAGUGACUAGCACUUUACCUAGGCUUGCACAGGCCCUGUGACUAGCACUUUACCUCGGCUUACACAGGCCCAGUGAUUAGCACCUUACCUAGGCUUACACAGGCCCAGUGACUAGCACCUUACCUAGGCUUACACAGGCCUGGUGACUAGCAUUGUACCUAGGCUCACACAGGCCCAGUGACUAGCACCUUACCUAGGCUUACACAGGCCCAGUGACUAGCACCUUACCUGGGCUCAUACAGACCAUGUCAAUUAGCCUAUCAGAAGCAACUAAAGCCAUGACAUA